AUGAAGCAAGGGGCUGAGGCAAAAGUUGUACGCUCAGAUCAGGGACGCCUCUAUUACAAGUGCAAGCACUCUGAUAAGUGCAAGUUCGAUGUGCGUGCAUCUUGUCACGGCGGAGGGAUGUGGGGAGUGCAUAAGUUUAAAGAGCACUCUUGCGAAGGGGAGUUGGGCAUUUUGAAACGAAUAAAGGCACAUUCGAAUGUGGUUGCAGCUUAUGUGGAAAAAAGAAUACGCGAUGACGGAGAGAACAAAAUUAAGGGCUACGGGCAAGCUGUUGUUGAGCUUUUACGCCAGGCUGCAUACGCCUACACGGACUUAGAAUUUUCACGUGCAAUGUCAGCUAUGGCUCAAUUGAAGCCGGCGGCGUACGGGAAGUUGAUGCGCGUAGGCCCUGAGAAGUGGGCACGAUCACAAAGUCCGGUGACCCGUUAUAGUUUUCUUACAUCUAAUGCUGCCGAGGCUUUGAAUGCCCGUUUGUUGUGGGCCAGACGCCUUCCUAUAUGCUCCAUGCUGGAGGCAAUCAGGAUGGUUCUGGAGCAGUGGUUCAAUGACAGACUUGCGUCUGCGGAAGAGAGCGAUGACCUUCUUACUCCAGAGGUAAAACAGAAGAUAAGUGCGGAGAUCUCAAAGAGUCGUCGCUACACUGCGAAGAGGACCUCCGAGAGAAAAUACAGGGUUCGUGCUGGUGAUCGUCGCUUCAUGGUUGACCUUCAAGCGAAGAGCUGUGAAUGCAAUGAAUUCGACCUGGACGGCAUGCCGUGUUCUCAUGCGAUCGCAGCCAUUACUGAGGCGAAAGAGCCAGUGGAAGAUUACGUGGAAGCUUACUACCUGCGGAGUUCACUGGUUCAAACAUACUCCGGUCCAGUAAAUCACUUGCCUCCCUUAGAGCACUGGGAAAUUCCGUUUGAAGUUGCAACUGAUAUUGUUUUGCCAAACCUUUCUCGGCGACAAGCUGGUCGACCAAGAGAAUCUAGAAUUCCUUCAGCUGGUGAGAGGCCGACUCAAAGGACUACUACAGCGGAUGCAUCAAGUAGUCUGGGAAAACGAGCACCCAAAACCUGUGGUCUAUGUGGCUCGCCUGGCCACACACGUAGAGCAUGCAAGGGUACGGGCUGGGAGCAGUAGUUUAAUUUCCUUUUAUAUUAAAUUUC